AUGCAACUCGUUACUUCGGGGACACUCAGCAGUAAGGAUGGAGUUGAUCAAGCUACUGAUCAAGAGUCUCAAUGGGGGAUCACUCCUCUAAUUCCUUCAAGAGGUAGUUUAUCUGCCUCAGGCCAUCUGUCUCCACUUUCCUAUCUUGGGGGUCUGCUGGAAGGGAACCCAGAUAUCUUCAUGCAAAUCCGCCCCAAACAUGCAGAUAGAGAGGCUGAGGCAGGCAUCACUCCCUUGGAUUUGCAUGCUAAGGAAGCCCUAGGAGUGAUGAACGGAGCUGCUCCAAGUGCUGCUGCCGCCACUUUGGUCUUGUACGACGCAAACAAUCUCGCUUGUCGCCCAGACCCAGGCCAAAAGGAGGUCGCCACUUAUAUCCGUUCAUUUCUCGGUGGAUCUCAACUCAGCCAGAACAUGAACGUCAAGCGGCAAGGAUUGGUUGAAGACAGGUAUGCCCUACGUACUGUCCCUCGGUGGAUUGGGCCUGUGCUCAAAGACUUCUCGUUCGCACAUCGUCAGAUCACCAUCGAAUUGAACUCAUCAACCGACAAUCCAUUGAUUGAUGUGGAUGGAGACUGUUUCCACCAUGGCGGAAACUUUCAAGCCGCAUCUAUUAUAUCUGCAGUUAAGAAAACAAAACUCGGUUUAAUGAUGCUCGGUAGGCUGCUUGUAUCGCAGUGCCAGAAGUUGAUCAACCCUUUCCUCAACCAGGGAUUGUCUCCCAAUCUCUGCUUCGAUGGUCCUAGUCUCUCGUUUAACUGCAAAUAG